UGUUUAAUGCCCACCCACCACCUCCUUCUUCGGUUCUUCCCUCCCUCACUGUUCUCUCUUCAUAUACCCAUCAAUGGUGGAGCCCCGAGAACCCGAUACUGCUUUAACUACGAAUCAAACAGCAAGGAACUGAGAUAGAGAGUGUGAUCUGCUCUUUUAUAGCUAUGAUCAAGCUCAGAUUCGUUCAAAGUCUCCUCUUUUUCACGGCGAUCUGCGUUUUCCUUCCGAAGAUCGCCGCUAGAGGCGGCCACUCCGACUACAUCCAGCCAGGUGAUGGAAAUGCUAGUUUUCAUGGUACUGCGAGGCACUUAUUUGCGCAAGAAGAAAAGCGACCGAGUGUGGAACUGACUCGAGGGUACAUGACGAAUGCUGAUCUUGAGAAAGCAAUGAAAGAUUUCACCAAGAGAUGCAGCAAGAUCUCCAGAUUAUACAAGGGUUUUCUGGAACGUCCUUUCAGCAUCGGGAAGAGUGUCAAUGGGUUUCCUUUGUGGGUCAUAGAGAUAUCAGACAGGCCUGGAGAGAUUGAGGCUGAACCUGCAUUCAAGUACAUUGGGAAUGUGCAUGGAGACGAACCUGUAGGGCGUGAGCUCUUAUUACGUCUUGCAAACUGGAUUUGUGAUAACUAUGAGAAAGAUCCGUUGGCUAAGUUGAUUGUAGAAAACGUUCACCUACAUAUACUGCCAUCACUGAAUCCAGAUGGCUUUUCAGUCAGGAGACGUAACAAUGCAAACAAUGUUGAUCUAAAUCGCGACUUCCCUGACCAGUUCUUUCUCAUAAACGAGGACUUGAGUUUGAGGCAACCUGAAACUACGGCAAUUAUGAAUUGGCUGAGAGAGAUACGAUUCACAGCGUCAGCUACUUUGCAUGGGGGCGCACUGGUCGCAAAUUUUCCAUGGGAUGGUACGGAGGAUAAGAGGAAAUACUAUUAUGGGUGUCCUGAUGAUCAGACAUUCCGGUUCUUGGCGAGUCUAUACAGCAAAUCUCACCGUAACAUGUCUUUCAGCAUAGAGUUUGAGGAUGGAAUCACAAAUGGAGCAUCCUGGUACCCAAUAUAUGGUGGGAUGCAGGACUGGAAUUACAUACAUGGAGGAUGCUUUGAGUUGACUCUGGAAAUAAGUGACAACAAGUGGCCUCGUGCCUCAGAGCUUCCCACGAUUUGGGAGUACAACAGAAAGAGCAUGCUGAAUCUUGUUGCUAGCUUAGUGAAGACAGGAGUUCAUGGUCGGAUCUUUUCAUUAGACCAGGGGAAGCCGCUGCCUGGGCUUGUUGUGGUCAAGGGAAUCAACUAUACGGUUAAAGCCCAUCAAGCCUACGCAGACUACCACCGGUUGCUUGAACCUGGAAAAAUAUAUGAAGUCACAGCGUCCUCUCCUGGAUAUAAACCGAAGACAACAACUGUUUGGUUAGGCGAAAACGCUGUCACCGCUGAUUUCAUUCUCAUCCCAGAAGCAAGUUAUGGAGGCAAACUUCUGAGAAGCAGCUGUGACUGUAGCUACGGUCAGCCGUUACUUCUAACGCGCUUUUUCACGGAGACUAAUAACGGAAUCACGUUUGCGCUUGUGGUGGUUGUAGCUUUCCUCUUCUUUUUGUUGCAAAGAAGAGUGAGAUCUAACCUGUGGAAGCAAAGACAAUCCUCUAGGAGAUCAAUAACAGUAUGAUUAACUCUUUUACUCUAAUAAGCAAAAACCAGAGUUCGAACCCCUUUGAGCCCAUUCCUCGUGUAGUUGUUGCCCAGUAAACAUUUGAUAUAAUAUCAUACAAGUGCAGAAAGAGUUGUACUAUCAUGUGUUUUGGUGUUA